AUGGCUCCUUUGUCGGCGUUUGUGGAUGCGCCCUCAGUGUCUUUCUUAGAUAAUUGCAAGAAGGAGCAGUUGGUCGAGCAUUAUAACAUUGCUGUUGUAGGGAGCAAGCGGAAGGAUGAGAUUAAAGCUGUCAUCGUGUCAUCUUUGUUUGAUCAGGGAGAGUUGCAGAACAGUGAGUCUGGUGCGGCAGGGGUCAUGCCGGUAGUGGUUCAGACAGCUGGUUUGACGUUCGAGCAGCAAAAGGAGCUUUUGGCCAUGAAGUUUAAUCAGGAGAGGUUGGAGUUGGGGUUGGAGGUGGAAAAGAUGAAAUUUGAGGUGGAAUAUGCUAGAUUACGGCUGAUUGGAGAGGGCAAGCUUGCUCCGGUGGAGGAUGGUUGUGAUAGGUCGGCGUCAGAGACAGAGACUGGGGAUUUUGUGCUGAUGAGGGGAAUGGAGAUGGGCUUGAUUCCUGUGCGACGUCAUACAGUAGUGCUGGAUUGUGAGCUGGUACGGGGAGUUGUGUCUAUUGGUGUGCGUCCCGCGUUGCCACUUGAUGGGGUACAGAUGAUUUUGGGCAACGAUCUUGCUGCUAGUGCUGUGUGGGCAGGUGUGCCACCACCUGUGGUGGUUUCCAGGCCGUUGGCAUCUGCAGAGCCAGAUGAGAGCGGUUUGCAAUUUCCAAGUGUGUCUCCAGUGGUGAAGGAGAAGAAAGAGAGGACCCCGCAAAGCAAAGAAGAGGAGGCCGAAGAAGAGGAGGCCGAAGAAGAGGAGGCCGAAGGAGAUGUGCUGGUUGCAGCUGUGGCUCAGCUCCUUCGAGGCCCUCUGCUAAAACGAGGCAACACCAUCACCCUGAUCUGCAACAUCACCGUGACGACCACAGGUCCCGCCCAGGCGCAGGUGCAGUGGCUGCGGUGGCCAAUCCCUCCUCGAGUUAUCAAGAGGGAGGAGAGCCCGGCCUCUGCUGUUACUGUACCGGACCCCCCUGUGGAGGAGGGGCCCAGCCUGGUAGCCGCCCUGAUGUACGACGGUGUUGCAAAGAUCUACGUCAACACUAGCGACGUUAGCAUUGACCGCCUGUCCGCUGGUAGCUACAGACUGAGGGUCCACUCAGCUACCAUGGAUGAUCAGGGCAUGUAUGCGUGUCAUGCCCAGGCGUGGGGUCAGGACCCCCAUGGAGGCUGGUACAAUACAGGGGCCAGAGCAGAGUCCAAUGCAGUGACCGUCUACAUGUAUUCCAGAGCUGAAGACCUCCUGCUCAUCCCUCUGGUGGUCGGAGUCUCUUCGGCCUUGUUUGUGGGCAUCCUCAUCAUCUCAACAGUGACCUGUUGCUUCAUGAAGCGGCUGGCAAAGCAGCGCACUCCAAAAUAAGUAAACCUGCUGUUUGCUGCCGAUCUGAAGUCUGAAUGUUCGUGAAGAGGCACAAAGAGGUGAUGCCCAGAAUAUAGCGGGAUACAAAUGGCUGAGAAAUAACUUUUAGACAAAAAUGAAGCGAAAAAGACCCCGCUGGUUUUCUGUGUUUAGACAUUACUGUUUAACAACCAAUGCCAAAAGAUUGUGUUUUAAAUUCUCUUGUAUUUUUGUAUCCAAAACUCCUCUGGACAUAUUUUAGUCACCAUACAUGACCCUUACUGAGCAAAGACCUAACAUUUUUAUAGUCCAUUUCCACGUUAGCUUAACCUACAUUUUUUAAUCAUCCCUUUGUUCCAGUUUAACUUUCUGUCUAGAAUGGAAAAUGGUAAAAAUACACAAGAAAAGCAAGAUUUUUCCUUUUGUCUAUCACAUGAGAUGAAUCUUAUAGUUACUGUAGAAAUUCUCAAGGACAAUCAAACAAACUGCCCUCUUAAAAGUCAUGGUUUGAUCAUUUGAAUUUGAAGGUCAGAUAUUUUGUAUAACGCUGUUUACGUAGAUCAUCCCACAUUUAGUAACGGUUCUAUUUUCACACAAAGGAUAUUCUGUUUUCACAAAUAGGUUAUACUGUUCCAGUUGUUCCUUGCCUCGCGCUGCAUGUUUUUCUUUUAAUGUUGUUGUGUGUGUGCAUGGUUAAGCCUCUAGCACUGCCACUAACAGUCACACAAAUGCUGAUGGGAGCAGUUCAGCCUCCAAAACGUAAUCUAAGCAGGGACCUUCCACUGCCUUCAGCCCAGAACCACUCUGCAUGUAAACACAGUCUCUGUCUGUUACUUAAUAAGGCAGGCGCUGGCUGGAGGCUUUCUAAUGCCAAGACCAAUUGAAAAUCAAUUCUAAACACAAGCAUUCCUCGCCUGUGACGCUUCACACUGAAGUGAGUUUUCUAUGUGGUCUUGUAUAGAUUCGACUAAGAUAAAUGGACAAUAUAUCCAUUUUGCACUGAGCUAAUAUGUAAAUGUUGUAUGGAGUUUAGCAGUUUUUAUUUUUCUUGAUGUGAGUAAGACUAUGCUGUCUUUGGCAAAUUUAACAUUCUGCACCAGUCUGUUCUGCUCUUUUGAAGCACUUGGACACCAAUUGGACUGGGACCAAAGCCCCUCUGUCUCCUGCUUUUAAUUGAUAUUCUUCAGGCUGAGAAGUCACUCCUUUGCUGUACUAGAGCAACUACUUUUAAAGUGCUUUUUGUCCUAUUGCCCUCUGUGUCUGAGACAGAAAACAGUACUGUGAAAAAGAAUCCUCUGUUAAAUAACAGAAAACAAUUUGUGUUGAUUCACAAAGUUUGGGUUUCUUGUCCCCGAGGUGAAAACCUCCUAAGCAGCGCAGUCACAUGACCUAAUAGUUGAGUGAAGUUUCACUAUCGUCGGCAUUGCAGUCAUCAUGUGGUUCAGGCCACACAUUUCUGCAGCCAAUACGUAUUAUGACUAUAGCCCUGCUGCUAGCCACCAGAAAUCUGUAGGACAGAUUUACUGUGUCUGCACACUCAUAAUUAGUGAAAUCCAUCCUCCACUUCCUGUCCGAAGUAACACUUAAGAAAAGUCUGAGUGUGCCCACAUUGUGUGACCACUUAAAGCAAGAUACAUGUUUGUGGAAAGGAGGAAGAAAGUCAAAUAUGUUGUUUUCCAGCUUGUGGAUCCCAUUAGAAAUUAUUCCAUGUCAUUUUUUCUGCUUUUCGAAGUUUGUUUGCACUGAGCACAUGGUCACAGUCUGUCUUUACUGUCUGUGUCUGUCUCUUGGUUUCAAUGUGAGUCCAUCUAAACUCCCUCUCCUGCCUAACCUGUGUGCUCUAAACCCCCGAUUAUAGAUGUUGUUCACGGAUAUUGGGGAAUAAAAAUCACAGCUCUGGUUGCUUCCUGAGCCACUUUGUUCCAGAUCAACUACUCAAAGCUGAUUUGCUCCCCCACAUAACCCACCCACCACAUGAUUACACACUUUUGCACACACGUACACUAAAUGACUCACAGGCACACACAGCACAGGCUGGUAUUUCAGAUGAAAGUAGGUGAGUAUCUGCAUGCUCAUCUCUAAUCCCUGUUUAUGGCUGCAGAUUGAAUCCUGCUGCCCUUCCCCCUCUAUCUCUCAAUAUCUCUCUUACAGAGUGGCUCACAAUCGAUCUAUUUCUUUCUCUUCCCUGAGAAAUACAGCCUGAUGUUAAAAGUGUAGCUCAUAGCGUGCUAAGUGUGAAAGCUGCUGUCUACGUUUUGCUUUUGUUUAAGGAUAUGUUUAACCCUUUUGUGAAGGUGUUAUGUUUUGUUUGGACUGUUUACUCUUUAAUCCCACUGUUCCUGAAUGCAUCUUGCUACCAUCGAAAAAUACAAAAAUGGCAGGUUAUAACUCUUGUGUUUGUUUAUGGUGCUUUGGCGAAACCUGCCAGUUGACAAACCAAUAAACCACUCUGGAAUGAAAA